AUGGGUUACAUUCCUUCGUUGGGCUCGUUUGUCCGCGUCGUCGGCGGAGUGCUCGCUGUCAGCCUCAUCUCCACCGCCGGUCUGCUCUAUCGCUACCAGACCUCGCUCAUCUAUCCCUCUUCUUUCCCUGCCGGCUCCAAAGCAGAAGUCAACACUCCAGACGAAUAUGACCUACCCUACAUCGAGGAGGAGCUCAUCACGCCCGACUCGCAGCGGUUGCGUAUCUUUGUCAUGCUCCAAGGCACCAAGCUCGCCGCUCGCAGGCCAACGCAGAGGAUCCGAGAAGUGACGGACGAGGAUGAAAAGUUAUCGUCACAGCCGGUCGAGCGCAAGUCGACACCGACGCAGACGGGCAUCACACCGCUAGACGUGGUCGAUGCCGAGCUGGCGAGCAAGAGGCCAACGGUGCUCUUCUUGCAUGCCAACGCCGGCAACAUGGGUCACAGACUUCCACUUGCUGCUGUCUUCUUCAAACGUUUUGGGUGCAAUGUUAUCAUGCUCAGUUAUCGAGGCUACGGCUUUUCCAGUGGCUCGCCCAACGAGCGUGGCAUCAAGAUCGACACUCAGACCACGCUCGACUACGUCCGUUCGCACCCGGCGCUCUCGUCCACCAUUCUCGUCGCCUAUGGCCAGAGCAUCGGUGGCGCCGUGGCCAUCGACCUUGCCGCUCGCAACCCUGCCUCGGUCCACGCGCUCAUCCUCGAAAACACGUUCCUCAGCAUUCCCGAGCUGAUCCCACACGUCCUGCCGCCCGUGCGACCGUUCGCCUUCCUCUGCAGGGAAUACUGGAACUCGGCCGUGGCCAUCACAAAAGUCUCAUCUAAAGUGCCGGCGCUCUUCCUGUCCGGUCGACAGGACGAGCUGGUCCCACCACCACACAUGGACGCUCUGUUCGCCAAGUGCAACAGCUCCGUCAAGCUCAAGAAGGACUUCGCCGACGGCACGCACAACGACACCUGCAUCAAGCCCGGGUAUUUUGAAGCGAUCGGAGAGUUCCUACUAGCGCAUGUGGUGACGCUGGUCAAUGGCAAAUCGUCCGCAGCCGCAGCAGCAGGAGGAGGAGCGGCGGUGGAGAAGGAGAAGGAGCACCAUGGUGACAAGGCGAAGAGCGCGACAAAGGAGCCGAGUAGCAGCGACGAGUCGUCCGACGAUUGGGUUCAGAUGAGCCACUCAGAGGUCAAGGACGAAGUGGGAAAGGCGAAGAAGCUGGCUCAGGAUGCAGAUGCUCCCACGUUGAGUAAGGUGCCGACCAAGCUUUGA